AGGCAGCGGCGGUUGCGUCAGGACGAUUGUCUCGGUUCGUUCCUUGCCCGCCUCUUUCCGACAACGCUUCCAGCAUGUCCGGCCGCGGCAAACAGGGAGGCAAGGUCCGCGCUAAGGCCAAGUCGCGUUCCUCCAGGGCUGGGCUGCAGUUCCCCGUGGGCCGUGUGCAUCGACUUCUCCGAAAAGGUAACUACGCGGAGCGCGUGGGCGCCGGAGCUCCCGUCUACAUGGCGGCCGUGCUGGAGUACCUGACGGCCGAGAUCCUGGAGCUGGCGGGCAACGCGGCCCGCGACAACAAGAAGACGCGCAUCAUCCCCCGCCACCUGCAGCUGGCCAUCCGCAACGACGAGGAGCUCAACAAGCUGCUGGGCAAGGUGACGAUCGCGCAGGGCGGCGUGCUGCCCAACAUCCAGGCCGUGCUGCUGCCCAAGAAGACGGAGAGCCAUAAAGCCAAGAGCAAGUAAAUUUGGCGAGCAAAGCCGCUCAGACUUUGCGCGACAUAACAUUUAAAACAAAAGGCUCUUUUCAGAGCCACCCACGUAGUCAGAAAAGAGUUGUGUUGCUUUCUUUACAAAGAUGCUCUGGUGCUGAGUCUUACAUAGUUCUAAAUUUAACUCGGACACGGACUUGUGUUUCGUUCUUUUAAGACUUUGUUUCUACUGAAGAGGGCUGAUACAUUUGCUUUCUACCCCGUGUUUCUAAGUAAAUGUUAAUAUUUUUGUAACUGUUUCAUUUGUUCGUUGUAACACUCAGUAAAGAGCUGGUACUUCGGGAUUCCGCUCGCCUUUCGUGGUUCCACCGCUUACUUGGGGUGUAGAGUCCAGGACGGUGGCGAAAGCACGGGUGGGAGUGGCAAAAGCUGAGCAGCAUGAAGAUAAAUAGGAGACCAUCCUAAACCCCAGAUGUAGCUACAUCGAACAAUGAAAAAAGGAUUUCUUCACUUCCUUUAAAGGCCUUUAUUCUUUACAAGAUGCUUAGCUCCCUAUGUGUUAAAUAUAUAUGUGGUUCCUAUAUAUAUACAUAUACUACAUAUAUGUUAAGUAUCUGUAAUUCCUAUAUGUAAAUAUGUCAUUCCUUAUGUGUUAAAUAUAUGUAAUAUACAAUGAGGAAUGCCUUAGCAAUAAUGGCAUUUGAUCUACAUCUCUGCUUAAUCAGACCUGCACUCUAAAGUAGCAGUGUAACACUUCCAUUCACAAGCAACUUGUACUUCUAGUUUAUUCCCGUUUUAGGAGGUAUUUUCAAACUUUCUACUCAUAAAUUCUCUCACUGUUCAUUGCUAAUCCUCUUGUUGCCUCACUUAACAGUGGGCAAUAUCGAGUUUUCUAUGUUGUUGGCACAAAUAUCACCCCAGAGCACAACCUUAAAUCUCUUCAUAUUCAUUAUUAUAAAUUAUGAGGAAAACUGUCAGGCUGAUUCCUCUUGCUAGGACAUUCCCAGAAGCCUCAUCUGAUGGUCUGUGGCACACUGCACUGAGGUGAUUGGUCUCAUCUUUGCUGCACCUCUGCCUUUCCAUCUUCUGGAGGGAGAGGAGGAGUGCUCUGGGCUUGGAGGAAGGCAAUUCCCCCACUGUGCCUCCUCGCUGUCCCCAAGCUGCAGCUGAGAGGUUUUUUUAGGCAGCAUUGUGCUAUGGCAAAGCAGGGCGUCAGGGAUCCUUUGUGGAGAGAAACAUAAAGAAAAGAGCUGCUGGAGCACCAGACUAAUCUGAUAUCCACAGAUGGUAUCUAUCUCUAAAGGUUUUGCUUUUAAGUGGACACUUUUAGGGUUGAAGUGGUUUUAUUAUGCUGUUUUAUUGAUCAUUUGCUACAGCUAAAUAUUGCCUGACCCUUACAUUUCUUUAAAAACUGCAAUCGUAAUUAAAAUUUCAUUUUAACAUA